GAGAGAGAGAGGUUUGUCCACCUAAACGGACUAAAGUUCUUCUGAUUGUUUUUGCUGUCUGUCUGUUUUUUGCUCUUGGAUGUCUCUGUAUUCUGGGGAUACUGUAUGCCAAUGUUUCAAUAAAACUGUCUUCCCAGAAAACUAACAACACAAUCAUGUCAAGACGGAUUGAGGAACUUACAGCCAAUUACACCAGAGUUAAAGAACGUCUCCACAUCAACAAUAUCAUAGUGAGAAAUACUGAGGAACUUACAGCCAACUACACCAGAGUUAGAGAACGACUGUGCAUUUAUGAAGCCGAGUCUUUGAACUGUGACAUGAGCUGGAAAGCUUUCAAUGGAAAGUUGUACUUCUUCAGCUCUACUAAAAUGGACUGGUCAAGGAGCCGUGCUUUCUGUGUUUCAAAAGGAGCUGAUCUGGUCACCAUAACCAGCCAAACAGAACAGGAGUUUCUGGCUUCUAAAAUUAAAGCAUGGUACUGGAUUGGUCUCAAUGAUCUGGAAACUGAAGGACACUGGGUUUGGGUGAAUAACCAAACUCUCAGUGAAACUGGAGUACAGUAAGAACUCAGACUACAAUUACUUCAGUUCAUCAA